AUAAAAUUUAAUGAGCUUUGUUUCUUACACGCAAAGAGGCCAAGAUCGACAAUGUCAAAACCUUUUUUGACCUCUUGUGUUUUGUCCCAUUUCAUCCAAAUCUAAUUUUAAAAUUUUCUUACAGCUUUUAAAAUUUUGAUCUCUCUCUUCCAAAAUCAAAUCGAAAGAAAAAAAAUCCCAUAAAAAUGGAAAAUGACAAUGGCAGCAACAGCACCGAUCGCGAGGAAUCGAGUCCUCUUUUGAGCAAACAAGUGCUUGAAGAAGAUGAGAAGAAGAAACUAACUGGUAAAAAGACAAAGGAAGCUACCGUCGAGGUGGCAGCUUCGCCUGGAGUUAGUAAGGGGGCUGGAUUUGGGUGGACGGCAGAUGGGCUGCCGUUGGUCCAUGGGAGUGUUGUUGGAGAACCCAUGGGCCGGUCUCAGUGGGACUCCUCCAUCCUUGCUUGUCUUGGUCGUAACGAUGGGUUUUGCAGCAGCGACAUUGAAGUUUGUCUACUUGGAAGCAUGGCUCCUUGUGUGCUGUAUGGAAGCAAUGUUGAAAGAUUUGGAUCUGCUCGAGGGACCUUUGCAGAUCACUGCAUACCUUACUCUUUUGUCUACCUGAUUGGAAAUUUAUGUUUUGGCUGGAAUUGUCUUGCACCAUGCUUAUCAUACCCUACUCGUACUGCCAUUCGGCAAAAGUUUAAUUUGGAGGGCACCUGUGAAGCAUUUAACAGGUCAUGUGGAUGCUGUGGGAGCUGCGUGGAAGAUGAGGUGCAACGUGAACAGUGUGAGUCAGCCUGUGACUUUGCAACACAUUUUUUCUGCCAUGCAUGUGCUCUUUGCCAGGAAGGCCGUGAGCUUCGUCGAAGGUUGCCUCAUCCUGGGUUCAAUGCUCAGCCUGUCCUGGUCAUGACCCCUCCUGCGGAGCAGACCAUGGGCCGCGGGACCUGAGUGCAUGCUUCCCAUGUCCUGUCUUACAUUGAAAAAAAUCUAUUAUCUAGCUCGUCCUCAUUUCACCAGUGUGAUAUCAUGUCGGAAAAAUACAAUUCGCUAGUAAUCUUGGUUAUGUUUUCAUAUCAAUCAAUUAAUAGUAUCUAUUUCUGCACAAAUUAAAUCAUUCUGUUUAAAAAAAAAAUUAA